AUGGCAGAUAAUCAAGCGAUAUUAAAUUCAGUACGACAAGCAUUGGCAUUGGCUAGAAUAGGUGUCAAUGCUGAUAAUAGAGGUGAUUAUUCUGUUGCUAUUACAAACUAUAGAGAAGCUUCAAAUCUAUUGAAUUCACCAGAGGAUCUAACUGCUCUCAAUGAUGAGCAUUAUCAAGCAAUGUUGGAAAAGUCAAGGCAAUAUCAAGCAAGAGCAGAUGUACUUGAAGCUUUAUUAAAUCAAUCAAAUGGAGUUGUAAAUUCACCGGCCAAAGAGAAUAUAGUGUUUGUUGAAGAGACACCAUCAGGAUUACAAUCAGAUCCCAUUCCAGCAUUUGCAUCAUAUAAACCAUUUUGGUUGAUGAGAGUAUUAUCAAAAACUAUUACAGGUGGUGCUUAUCUAACACCAAGAUUAUAUAUUCCAAAAUCUGUAUGGCAACAAACAGGAUGUAAAUUGGUAGCAGUACAAACAAAGAUUCAAAGUUUGGCAGAAGUAUCGGAAUUGAUUUCAAAAUUAAGAUCGAUCGCAUCUUCAUCAGACUCUUCUAAUCCAGUGAUCGACAAAAAGAAUAUCGACAAUAAUUCAUUACAUUUCCAUCUAUCAUUUAUACCAGAAGUAAAGAUUGAAAAGAUCAACGAAAAGAGUUGGGCUGGAAAAAUGAAAAAGUUUGGUAAUAGUUUGGCAAAAGGUGCCGUUAGAUUGGCUCCUUCUUCAAAAAUAGAGGGACAAGAUUAUGUAGGUCUAUUAAAUACAGUAUUUGAGGAAAGUCAAUUCCUUGAAUCAUGGAUGAAUAGUUGUGAAAGUCUAGGAAACCAUAGUUUGGCAACAAGAUUAAAACGUGUGGGAGAAUUCUUUUCAAAUGUUGUAUGCGCCUUUGUCAUGAAAGAUUUUACCAUCAUGUUGGAUAGAUACAUGAGAAAGAGUUUACAAAGUUAUAUGAAAUUAAAAGAUAUAAAAUAA